AAAAUUAAAAAUAGAAUUACCAUCUACAUGGAAGUUUCUGACAUUAAGUCAAAAUCUGAGCUGAAUCCUCUAGAAAAAGUACCCAGCUCCCAUGGCAAGAGGAAUAAAGGUUUACCGGGAUCUCUACCACGCCGAUUAAGGCGCAAAAAAAGGAAGUUGAAGGCUUCACAAAUGCGAGCCUUCCAAGAAGCCUACAACUUCUUCAACAGGGACAAAACUGGCUCUAUUGAUUUGCAUGGAUUGAUGUGCACGUUAGCUAAGUUGGGAAUAAGUCUAAACAUGCAUGAUGUUUCUAAUGAGUUAAAAUAUGCUGAUAUCGAUCGAGAUGGGAAAGUAAAUUUCUCAGACUUUAUCAAGGUGCUAACAGAUAAGAACCGCUUCCUUAAGGCUGUGGUUCCAGAAAAAAUGAAAUGUUUAGAUUUAGCUGGCAACCCAGGAAUUCUGUUGUUUGAAAUCCUGUCAAAGCUUAUAGAGACUUCAGCCUUACCCAAAAAGGCUACAAAGGAAAUAGUAAGGUAUUUCCGAAGAACAUUCCAAGAAAGCACCUCAGGUAUAUUGUGGAGUCCCCACACUGCGGGUCAUGGAAAAAGGAGAUUUCAGCCAGAAGUCUGCACACCUCUGAGCUCGAGCACGGCCGCCUUUGUUAAUGCUGCCCAGAUCUCAGUCAUGAAAGAAAAGGAUGUACUCAAAUAUCUUGAGGAGCUCAAGAGAUGCAAUCCUCCUUCAGAUAAUCCAUAUGCAAAAAUACCCAUCUUUCCACUGUUUCCUAAUGAGGAUGGAGUGGUAUUGGGAAAGCCAUUCAAAGACAUACAGAAAUUAGAAAUGCUAAGGAGAAAGGAGCCUCUGAAUUUCUUUGAGGACUAUUUUUUCCAUAAAAGAGAUUGGAAAAUACAGGCAGCAAAAAUAAAGCGUGUUAACUCUGCCUCAGGCUACUCAGCUGACAUCCUCACCAUUGACCAAAUACUCAAGAGAAGACAGAAUUGGACAGUGACUGAUGCAGCUGCCAUUAAACCGCAUGUGAAGAGAGCUAUAGAUACUUAUAACUUAGGAACUGCUCUUGAGCACCGGAAAGAAAUGUUAAACCUCUGGCAGAAGAUCCGAGGAGAUUUGGUUGGAAUAGACACUAAAAAUGAGUCCUUUUAUGACACAUUUUCUACUUACACAUGGUCCUGGAAUGUUUGCCAAGAAUUACUUUCCCCAAAGGACUUAAGGUUAUAUGAUGCCUGCGUGAAUAGAAAUUCCUUCCACAAUUCUUCAUUCUCUUCCUCUUCGGACAUCAGUGAAUGUGACACAGAGGCAGGAAGAAGAAGAAAAUGGAAAGGUUCCAAAGGGUAUCGACAAUGA